CAUAAACUCACAAGUUGACAAGACCCAUACCCUGGCAUCAUUAUUGUGCAGCAAGGUGUAUAAAAAGGGUAUCCAUUUAGCUCCUACUUCUUCACAUUCUUUUCUCAAUUUGCAGAGUGAGUGAGUGAGAUUGAAAGAUAUCAUCAUGGUGGGUUCUUUUGUUAGAGGAGCUCAAUCCAUCAACUGCAAGAUCCUCAAGGCAGUCCAAAGGAAAGGCUACCACAAAGAGAGUUCUCCUCAUGGAAGUAGGAGCUCUUACCAUCUCCAUGGGGACGGUGAAGAUGCAUCGACGACUCGGUGGGUUCCAGACAGUCGCACUGGGAUUUAUUACCCCCAGGGUCAUGAGAAGGUGAUAGAAGACAUACCAGUUGGUGCAGCAAAAAAAGUUGAAAAAGCUCAAUGGUUGUCAUACACAGCAAAUGCUCAGCUUUCAAACCGCAAAUGCUCAAUUGAUGAUGCUUAAAUGAUGUAGCCUUGCUCGUAAAUUCAUACUAUUGUUAUUGAUUUAGGAUGCAAGAAAAUGC